AUGGCGUUUUCCCGUCGUCUUGCCAUUCUACCUGGCGGCCUAGGUGGUCUUGGAUCCAGCAUCGGCCAGAAAUUAAGACAGCAAGGAGCCCGUCUCGCAAUCCUAUACGCACCUUUCGAAGCCUCCCGUCGCGACGAGCUCCUCGAGACCGGAUACGGCAGCAGCACGGACUUCGACGACAUCCGCACAUACGAAUGUGACAUCACAUCCCCCGAAUCCGUGCAAUCGGCCUUUGACAACCUGGAGAAGGACACAGUAUCACCCAAAACCUCAUCGCUUGCCGAGCGCUCGUUCCCCAGCAUCUUGAUCAACACGGCCGGAUAUGUCUCUCUGAGCGAUAUGGAAAUCACACCACCCGAGGAGACGAUGAAGCAUCUGAGCACCAAUAUCUUCGGCCCAAUACUCUGUUCGCAGGCAUUUGCCCGUCUAUAUUUUGCUGCGGCGAAAGCUGCGGAGUCCUCGACUAGUCCGCCCCCACCGGGUCGGAUCGUGAGUAUUUCUUCGCAGGCGGCACAUGCCGCUCUGCACAGGCACGGGGCGUAUUGCGCUUCCAAGGCUGGUCUUUUGGGUCUAACCCGGAGUAUGGCUUCGGAGUGGGGUGGGCGCGGGAUUACUUCUAAUAGCGUUUCUCCGACUGUGGCUUGGACGGCACUUGGACAGAAGGCUUGGGGUGAACAGACUGUGAGGGAGGCGUUUUUGAAGAAUAUUCCGACCGGGAAAUUUGCAUUGCCUGAAGAGGUUGCCGAUUCGGUUCUCUUCUUGUGUCAAGAUUCCAGCGGAAUGAUCAAUGGGGCAGAUAUUCGGGUCGAUGGAGGAUUUACGGUUCGAUAA